AUGCCCCGCUUUAUACAUGACGAAGGCGCGGGCACAGGCACGGGCCUCGAAUCACACCUGGCCCGGGAAAGCGCACAAUACGUGUAUGCGACGCUGAUAGCGCUGGCCUGGUGCAAUGCGCUAGAGCUGAUGGUGCUGUGUCUGAAUACUUUCAAGCGGUACCACGGCUGUUAUUUCUGGAGUCUCCUCAUCGCAUCAUUUGCCAUCAUCCCAUUCGGACUGGGCUACAUCCUGCGUCUGUGGAACAUCUCCUUCUCCAAUGGAUUCGUGGAGCUGGCCAUCAUCGACAUCAGCUGGGCCGCCAUGGUAACCGGUCACUCGUUGGUGCUGUGGUCGCGACUGCAUCUCGUCCUCCAUCAUCCCAGAGUGCUGCGCGCACUCCUCUACCUGAUUAUCAUCGACGGAGUCCUCGUCCAUUCCGCCGCCGGCACGCUCGAAAUCGUCCGCGACGCCUUGCCGGAUUCGCAUACCGCCACGUUAGCCUUCGGCGUCAUCGAACGCAUCCAGCUGGUCUGGUUCUGCUUGCAAGAAUUGCUCCUCUCCGCUCUCUAUAUCCGCGAGACAGCCCGGAUGCUGCGUCUCGACCAAAGCAGCAUCUCGCGCUCGGUACUAGCACAGCUGCUGGGAAUCAAUGUGGUUAUUAUGGUGCUGGACUUGUCCGUCGUGGCUGUUCAGUAUGCGGGUUAUUUCACCCUGCAGGUCACCAUGAAGUCGCUCGUGUAUAGCGUCAAGUUGAAAUUGGAAUAUGUCAUUCUGGGACGGCUGGUUGAUGUGGCGCAUAUUCGUACGCAAGGGGAGGCGCCCCGGUUUCGAUUUUAG